UCACUCUUUUUCUAUCCUUUUUCUUUGUUUUUCAUAUUCAAGAAACUAUUUUUUCCCUUUAUUUCACACAAAAAAUUUAGUUUAAGGAUCUGAGUUUUUUAAGUUUUUAGUUUUUUAUUUAGUUUCUACUAGUUUCUUGUUUGUUUCUUUUCAGUUUCAUCAAAAAACCUAAGCUUGUCUCUUUGCUUCAAACCAAACUCAGAUGAAGCUUUUCUUAGUGUCAACUUAUGUAGUUUUAGUUUAGGUUUUAUUUCUUCAUGUGUCUUGUUUUUGUUCUAGGUUUUUUGAUUUUGAAAACCAAAGAUCUAUCCAUGUUUCUGCAAGAAAACUGAUAAUCUAAGAGAAAAAGAUGAUGAAAGAUUUGAUGUUUCAUCAGCAACAACAGCAAAACCAAGAGGAAAACAUGUCAAAUUUAACUUCAGCUUCAAGUGUUUCUUCAGGCAACAGAAAUGAAAGCAAUACAGUCACCAAUUACCCUAAUCCUCAGCAAUAUUUUACUCAUCCUCAACCCUCUCAAUCUCAACCACCUCUCAAGAAAAAACGAAACCUACCCGGAAAUCCAGACCCAGAUUCAGAAGUGAUAGCUUUAUCACCAAAGACAUUGAUGGCAACGAACAGAUUCUUAUGUGAGAUCUGUAACAAAGGGUUUCAAAGAGAUCAGAAUCUUCAGCUUCACAGAAGAGGACAUAAUCUGCCAUGGAAACUGAAGCAAAGAGCUAACAAAGAAGUGAUUAGAAAAAAAGUUUAUGUCUGUCCGGAAGUAACCUGUGUUCACCAUGAUCCAUCAAGAGCACUCGGUGAUUUAACAGGAGUCAAGAAACAUUUUAGCAGAAAACAUGGUGAAAAGAAGUGGAAAUGUGAUAAGUGUUCAAAGAAAUAUGCGGUUCAAUCAGAUUGGAAAGCUCAUUCCAAAACCUGUGGCACUAGAGAAUACAGAUGUGACUGUGGAACCCUUUUUUCAAGGAGGGACAGUUUUAUAACACACAGAGCUUUUUGUGAUGCUUUAGCAGAGGAGAGUGCUAGAAAUAUUACUGCUGCACCACCUAAUCCAUUGAUGAUUACUCAAGCUUCUGCAAUUUCUUCAAAUCUUCAUCAAAUGACUCAGUUCAACAAUCAAGAAUUGCAUGCAUUUUCACUCAAAAAAGAGCAGCAAAUUUUCACUAAUUCUUCUUCAGCUCAUCUCCGGCAAGAGUUGCCGCCGUGGCUAGCGUACCCACCACCUCAAGGACCACCACCAAUGGAUCAUCAUCAUCAACAACAACAUCAUCAUAAUCUUUCAUCGUCGUCAUCGUCAAAUUUUGUAAACCAUCAAGAUUUGAGCUCUGCAAACCCUAACCCUAAUCUUGGACCCACUAAUCUCACACACUACCAAGCACCACCAGCACCACACAUGUCAGCGACUGCAUUGCUGCAAAAAGCAGCUCAGAUGGGAGCAACGAUGAGCAGUAAUAAUAAAACAACAACCGCUGGGUUCAUGAUCAGACCGCAUCACGUGACACCAGAUUUGUCUGGGAAUAUGACAAGUGGUGGUGGCUUUGGUCUAAAUUUGUCAUCACGUGAUCAUGAACAACAACAGCUUGUAAGUGGGUCAUCUUCAUCAUCAGCAUUUGCAGGUACUAAUACUACUACCAAUGGCGUUCUUCUUCAAGAAAUGAUGAACUCUCUGUCGUCUGGGUUUCAUCAAGAACCUCAUAAUAAUAAUUCGUUUGAAGAUGCAUUUGUUAGUGGGGUUUUGAAUAAUAAUAGUAACUCUAAAAAAGAUGAUCAUAUCAGCUUUCUUGAUGACGACUCAUCGUCACUGUCAAAAGCUUCAACAUCAACCGUUCAUGGCGGCGGUGGCGGUGGUGAUCAGGGUUUAACCAGAGAUUUCUUGGGGCUUAGGGCAUUUUCUCACAGUGAUAUACUGAGUAUGGCUGGUCUUGGUAAUUGCGUUAAUACUACUGCUUCUCAUGAACAACAGCAGACUCAAAAAUCAUGGCGAGGUUAGCUGAUCGAUCAGUUUUUUUAUUUUUUUUGCUAUAUAGUUUUGGAUGUUUUAGUUUUUAAAUUCUAUUUAAGCUUCCCAAAGGGAUAAACAUAUAUCUCAAACAAAUAUAUGUCCAGAUAGUUCAAUGCCUUAUAUAUGCAGCUACAAUUUUUGCCUUC